AUGUCGGAGGCACCUACGCUGAGUGAAGAAACUGUACUUGUUCCUGACGUUGCAGACAAGAAAGCGGAGGAGACGUCACGUUUAGAGACGCCAUCGCAAACGUCUUCCAAGGAGUGCGACGCAAAAAGUGAGCCAGUUCCCUCUGUUGAAGAGGUUCAGGGUGUUUCAGCUACCAAAAUACCUCCCGCUAACUUCAAUGAUUGCACAGUGGAGACAGCGGAUGAAAAAGAGGAAAACCUGGAGGACGGCAAAGUAUGUGAUUCAACCAGUUGUAUGCCUGGUUUGUUGGAAGAACCGCUUACGGCAGAACUUCAGAUCAAGUCUACUCUUUCAUCAGCAAAUGCAGAGAGUCCAGGAAGCCGCGAUAGCCUGGCUCUCAGUCGCCAUGGGACGGCAGAUGCACCGUCGCCUCUUGAGGCUACCUUAAAACCUCCCGCCAGCAAUGAUUGCACAGAUCAAGCAGAUGGAAAAGAAGAAAUCUCGGAGCCACCCAAAGUUUGUGAUCAUUCACCCAGAACUUGUAUCCCGGGUUUGUUGGAAGAAUCUCAGAUCCAGCCUACUGUUUCAUCAGCAAAUGCAGAGAGUCCGGAAAGACACGAUAGCCUGGCUUCCAGUCGCCACGGGGUGGAAGAUGCACCAUCGCCGCUUGAGGCGCUUCGAGCGCACCUCCAAGCCAUGGUGCAAGACGAGCGUGACUUCGUCCACACGCUCAACUCCAAGCUGACGAAACUAGAAGGCGUCGUGAGGCACGUUCGGCAGGAGAAGAAUAACCUCGCUGCAGAGUUUCAGGACCUGGAGGAACACGUGGACAAACUCAACGGCGGCGUGAGGGCCUUCGAUGCCGAGAUGCGUGACUAUUCCCUCGAAAAGGAAAGAACCGACAACCUUACGGAAGCAGAGUUACGCAGGACGGACUCUCAACUAAGUUUUGCAGACAUCCCAGAGAUCGGGGUAAACUUCUCAACCUCGGGUCAGCGGGCCAGAAGAGGGCUGUGGUCACGUGGGAAAAGAUGGUGGAGGAAAAAGAGCGGGAAAGUCACCCCGGAGAAGGAGGAUGACAUCCGGGAACUUGCGGCGGAUGCGGCCAUAAAGUUAGCAGCGUUUCUGAGAGAAAAGUUAUAGUU